UUUAUCCCUCUCUAGCAGAUUCUUCCCUUCUGACCAAUUUUCUCCACAGGAUGUCUCAGAAGAACUCCCUGCUGUCCUUCUCAGCAGCCUUGCUGUUCCUCCUGUCUUGGUUUGGUGGUCUGGUAGUUGGAGAGCUCAGCAAUGACUUCUCCGAGUGUCUUAAAUUCUUCUACGAGGAAACUCCACCGAGUGGUUUUGAUUACACAGCGUACCAGCCAAUAUGCCAGCGCUACAAGAACACAUAUCGCUUUGCCAGCCUGUAUCACAGACAGCAUCGGGCUCCUUUGUUCUCUGCCUACAUUCUGAGACUUGCAGAUGGACCACGGCCCAAUACCUCAUGGAUGUAUGAACCACAGUUGGCGUUUGCUGGUGACAGUCCAGAUAUGAGACCUUUUGGCCGUCCUGUUGAUCAGAAUGUUAUUGAAAGCCAAGCGGUUGAUGAUGACUACAAACACUCUGGUUUCACCAGGGGACACCUCACUCCUAGUUUUCACCAGGAGAAAGAAGAUGACAGAAAUGCCACCUUCACUCUGACAAACAUCGUUCCCCAGAAAAAAGGAUCCAACGAGGGCCCCUGGAACACACUGGAGAAAAAUGUGUUGGACAGAUUCAAGGCCUUUUGCACUGGUUCAAUGCAAAAAAAGAGAGCAAUCAAGAAACUACAAUCAAGAAAGCAAUCAAGAAACUACGACUUAAGUGAUGUGUAAUGCAGGACAUUCUCUCGGGCAGGAGGAACAGUUAAACAGUUAAUUCAUGUUUUUGAGAUAACAGUACUCCCUGCAUCGGGAGAGUGUUUGAAAUCAAUAAAACU